CGAUGAUCUUUGAUUUUCGCAUGAGAUCCUGUUCUUAUCUCGGGCUGUAAUUGCUGAGAUUAUGUUCGGAGGUUUGGAACCAAUGGACCCUGUUCUCCGACGGACGACAAAGAUACAUGUUUCUAAAUGUUUUGAAUCUCGUCGACUUGAUGGGUUGUAGCGACGCCAUUUUCGAAAAGUCGCCGAAAAACGCAACCCCAUCAUGGAAGAUAUAUACUCUCCGUGUCAAUGAUCUUCAUAUGGCCCCCGUGUGACCUGCCUUUAACCUUCCGAGGGGUGUCGAUUUGGUUUGAUCUUGUUAGAUGAAUGGCUCCGAGGAACCUCACCCCGAUGUUCAACCCUUAGCGAGAUACUUACAGGCUAAGACAAAGUUACUGACAAGCAGGAUAAGCUCUAUCCUUAACCCGUUUUGAUUUCCCGGGGUCUUAGCAUCAUUGAUCGACUGGCUGUCUUUCCUCUUGGAUGAUCUCAGUCCAAUCGAAUUCAAUGGUGCUCGACCCCCAAAGCCCCAUCCAGGCCCACCUUGGAAGAGGGGAGAUGCUAUAAAGAAUGCCUUGUCCGCUGCGGGUCUUUUUUUCACAUGAUUCGCAAGUUCGAAGGAGGAAGCUGAAUUGGCAAACUGCUGCUAAGACUAUUACCAUGAAAUCUUUCAUUAUGCUUUGUGCCUUAGCGGCCGGUGCGAUGGCAGUGCCAACGGCUCAUAGUUAUCAAUUGCACGAGCGUCGUGAUUUCAUUCCCAAAUCUUGGAUUGAAGGCAAGAAGCUCGACGGAAAUGUGUCACUACCUGUGCGAAUCGGGUUGACCCAGUCUAAUUUAGACUAUGGCCAUGAGCUACUUAUGGACUUGUCCAACCCUUACUCGAGCCGCUAUGGGCAGCAUCUGUCCAUUGAUGAAGUGCACGACCUGUUUGCCCCGACUGAAAAAGGCGUGAAUGACGUGCGUUCUUGGUUGGAGUCGGCUGGUAUUGCAAAAGACCGCAUGACGCAAUCAGCCAACAAGCAAUGGAUCCAGUUUGACGCCGAUGCCGAGGAGCUGGAGAAUUUGCUGCACACAAAGUACUAUGUCUACUCACAUGCUGAAACGGGCCGAUCGCAUGUGGCCUGUCGCGAAUAUCAUCUCCCGAGCUCCGUGCGUGAGCACGUCGACUAUAUCACUCCAGGAAUUUCUCUGCGAGAGGUGACUGAUGUCCGGAGAUCGACUGAUAAGCAGAAACGCUUCGUGGAUGGGAUCCCCCCUAUCCUUGAGCCGAUCCUCCUACCACUUGAGGAGCUGUUCAGCGAGGCUUCAUCCUUUUGCUCCCAAGCCAUUACACCCCAAUGCAUCCAACAGAUGUAUAACAUCAGUGAGGGUCACUCUGCUACAAAAGGAAAUGAACUGGGAAUCUUUGAAGGCAUCGGGGAUGUCUAUGCUCAGGAAGAUCUAAAUCUGUUCUUCUCGAAUUUGUACUCGAAAAUCCCCCAGGGCACACACCCAGCUCUCAAGUCAGUUGAUGGUGGCCAGGCUCCUACAGACAUUUCCAAUGCUGGGGCUGAGUCCGAUCUGGACUUCCAAAUCUCUUACCCGAUUAUCUGGCCACAGAACUCCAUUCUUUUCCAAAGCGAUGAUAUGCAUUACGAAAACCAUUAUACCUUCCAUGGCUUCCUCAACACGUUUUUGGACGCCAUCGAUGGCUCGUACUGCAGUACCAUCUCGCCUUUGGACCCUACAUACCCCGAUCCGGCAGACGGGGGCUACAAGGGCUCCCUGCAAUGUGGCGUGUACGACCCACCCAAGGUCAUCUCGAUUUCCUAUGGCUCCGCCGAGGCGGAUCUCCCCAUUUCCUAUCAGCGGCGACAAUGUGCCGAAUUUAUGAAGCUAGGUACAAUGGGAGUUUCCGUGGUGGUCGCUUCGGGUGAUUCUGGUGUGUCUGGACGUGGAGGCGACCCCACCCCAAGCAACUGCCUUGGCUCGAAUGGCAGAAUAUUUGCUCCAGAUUUCCCGGCCUCUUGUCCAUACCUUACUGCGGUGGGAGGCACUGAAAUCCCUACGGGGUUCUCACCAGAAGAUCAUAAGGAGCAAGCUGUGACUAGGUUCCCGUCAGGCGGCGGUUUCAGCAACAUUUACAAGGCGCCUGAUUAUCAGGCCCAGGCUGUUGCCGAUUACUUUGACAAGGUAAAGCCCUCAUACCCAUACUAUGAGAGCGUGGACAACAGCAGCUUCGGUGAGAAUAACGGUAUCUACAACCGGAUCGGACGUGCCUAUCCAGAUGUUGCUGCUAUUGGUGACAAGGUCGUCAUCUAUAAUAGGGGAACGGCCGUGUCGAUUGGUGGGACAUCGGCCUCUGCACCCGUAUUUGCUGGAAUCCUCACCCGCAUCAACGAGGAGCGACUGGCCGCUGGCAAGUCCACUGUUGGCUUUGUCAACCCUGUAUUGUACGCUCACCCGGAGGCAUUCUUUGACGUGACGAAGGGCACUAACCCGGGUUGCAACACUGAUGGCUUCUCUGCGGCCGAAGGUUGGGAUCCAGUGACCGGAUUGGGUACCCCCAACUAUCCAGAACUUUUGAGGGUUUUCAUGGGCCAGUAGACUAGUUUAAUAUAGGGCGAUCUCGCUUUUGUGGACACAUUCAGGGACAAUGAACACAGGGAAUUCGAUGCGAUUCAAUACAAGUUCUGUUAGAAAAGCAAAAGAACCGUGAUAACGACACAGGACUAAAAUAUUGUACCAUUCUCGGCACAAGACCGGAGCGAUCGCACCGACAAAGCCAGUCCCCUGCAGGGCUCAAGGGAUUCGAUGCCCAAUGAUGUGUCUGACAGGAUUGCCAGCAAACCAGCAACAAAAUUG